CCUCUUUUGAGACACUUAAAACAUUGUCUUCGAUUAAAUUAAAUAAUUAGCAUUGCGGGCGAGACAAAAGACAUAAUUUGCGCUUAUACGUUUCCUCAUUACCCGAGAAUAGUCUCUUAAAAUACUCCAGAUUUCAGUUUCAGUUUAAAAUAGUUUCUCGUCGAAGGAACAAUAUGUACGUUUUAAUAAUAUUUUUGAUAUGUUUCGGAACGAUUUUAGAAAAUAAAUUAGUCGAUGGGGAGGAAAAUAUCACAAAAAUUCAAACCGAACCUGAAAUUAUUCACCAAAAAACUGAAGAAGGCGAAAAAAUCAAAAACGGCCGAACUUAUUUAUUUAAAGCGACCAAAUUAAACGUUGCGGACGAACCUGCACCCAUUUAUCGAAAUAUCAUGCAAAAUCAAAAUAAUUAUCAAGAUUUCGAAGCGGAAAUGUUGAGGAAAAGUGGGAAAAGAAAUUAUUUGAGAAUGGAAAGGUUUAAAAACGCGCAUAGCUCUUAUUUAAUCGAUCCUGAAUGGACGUUUGAUUCUAUGAACCAAUUCGUGGAAAUUCCAGAGAUUGCAAAUGAAUUAUACGAUGACAUGGUGGAAAAAGUGGAAGAGUUCGAUAACAUUUCAACAAUUAGAUUGGUUUUUGAACGUGGACACUCAAAUAAUAUUUUAAAGUUUGAUUUAUUUCCUUUAAAUGAAGGUGAUGAAGUUUUAGAUGCUGAAUUACAUAUUUAUAGGUUUUCAGAAUUAAACGAAACUAAUUCUCAACAACAAACUAAACAAACAGACGAAAUAAUGCGUUUGUAUCAAUUAAUUAAUUUAAAUAAUUCAAAUAUUAACGAAAAUAUGACGGAAAAUCCCGAUAUUCACAAAUUAUUGAACGUUAUUUAUGUUUCUUCAUCAUAUUCUGGAUGGCAGAUCUUUAAAGUCCAAAAUGUGAUCCAAAAUUGGUUAAAAUCCGAACCAAACUUGGGAUUUUUAUUAACUUGCACGGACAGUUCGGAUGUGCCGCUUCAAUUAAACAUCGCAAGAAAAUCGAACCAAAAAUUCCAACCGAUUUUAGUGAUUUACGUUAAAAAAAAGUUUUCCAGAAAUCACGCGAAAAUUUCGCAUUUAAAUAAACGAUUGAAUCGAAAUCGUAUUUUUCAAAACUCGUUGGAUUUUAAAACGAUUAAUCGAUUACCACUGACUACUUCCGGUUGUAACAAACAAAUUUGGUACAUAAGUUUCCAAGAAAUGGGUUGGAACAAUUUUAUUUUAGCCCCAGAUGGUUUUAUGGCGUUUCAAUGUCGGGGAAGUUGUAUUUCAACGAUAUCAUCGAGUCCCACAACGACUAAUCAUGGUCUUUUAAAACAUCUUUUUCACAGCUUCGUUUAUGUUAAAAAACCUUGUUGCGUGCCGGAUACUUAUAAAAGUCUUGUUAUUAUGUUUUUAGAUCGUUUUCAAAAUGUUAUUAUUAAAAAUUAUGAUGAUAUGAUUGUAGAUAGUUGUGCUUGUCGUUAAUUUGGCUUUAAUUCUGUUAUAUCUCUAAAGGUUUUAAAACAUCUUAAAUGUUUUAUAUUAAUUUUGUUGUAAUAAACGCAGAUUAUUAACUUAGAAAAA